CGAAGCAAAAAUUAAUGCCAAGUGGUAAACGUAGCCGGCUUCCACGUCGGUCUGCUUUCGCCCGUUGAAGUUUUGUGUAGGCGGUGAUGGGGUUCUCCUUUCGCAGAGAAAGAAGAAACGAUGGCGAGAAGCAAUCUUGGCUUUCUUUUUUCAUCAUCCUUGUUAAACUCCUCCAACCCCAAAUUAGCAGUGCCCUACAUCGGAUCGGCGCCAGUGAAUCUUUCCGCUUUCAACUCGUUGAGUCGAUUCAUAAGCUCUUUGGGUCAACAACAGCAACAACAAUCUGAAGAUGGCCUAAAAAAUGGAGGAGGAGACAAAAUCAAGCAGAAUCCUGAAACCGAAAGCGAAGAAGAAGAAGAAGAAGAUAAGGAUGGAGUCUAUGUGAAUAAAGAGACUGGCGAGAUCGGCGGGCCCAGAGGACCGGAGCCCACUCGAUUCGGCGAUUGGGAGCGAAACGGCGCUGCUCUGAUUUUUGAGCGUGUAAGAUGAGAGUUGUUGUGUUGCGUGUAUCUUUCGUUUGUUUAUAUUAUAACUCUGAAAUAAAGAAUUAGAGCUUCUGAUCAGAAACAA